UUUGGUGAUGACAAGAGAAACAUGCUGACUACUUAGAAGCCAUGCCUCACCCUCUCCUCUUCCUGCUUAUUUCCUUUGGAGAGGCGUUCAUGCACUUCGUCGGUCAUUCGCUUUCCGUACACUCGCUUUUUCUGUUCAUCGUUGUCCCUUCACUCGCUUACAAACACCACACUCGCUUCAAAGAACAGGACAGAGAAGAUGAAGAAGCGUGACAGUCUCACGGUGUGGCUUCCCAAGGAGAUGUACGGCUCCGUUGAGCCCUUCGCCGAUGACCGGUACAUAUGGUGCCCAAUGCCGUUCGACGAGUCCUUGCCCAUCGAGCAGACGUCGUUCAUCGACAUGGGAAACAGUCCCGUCCAACCAACAAACCGCGAGCUGACGACUCAUGAGCCUCCGGCCCCGCCGCCUCCGGCUGUGCUGGCAGGGCCAGGGGACUUGUCCACCUCUGACACAGAGUCCGAUGGGGAAGUACCCUCGAGAAAGAUCGGCCAUAAUCUCGGCCGGGGCAGACGGAGGCCCAGCGGGAUGCAGCCGGCACGGCAGAAGCGCUCCGUGGUAGGGGGUGGGUCAAGAGGUAGCAGGGGUUUCGCCGUGCACCUGGGACUGAAUCUCGACAUCGAGGUGACGCUGAAGGCGAGAAUCUUUGGGAAUCUAGAGAUGAGUGCAUUGUAAGUCGCCCGCUGGUCCUCUCGACACGUGGCUGGGUCGUUCUGAUUCCGAAGAAGUGAUGAAUUAUGAAGAAAACGCCCGCGACGAUGGAAAUGAAGUUGGACAUCGAAGAUUAAACAAGGAAGACGAGAGUUCCAACCAUAAAGCACCUCAAGCCGAGCUCAACUUUGAAAAUGAAGAAAAAUGACUUCAGGCAGAGAGUUCUAUCACAACCACUCGUGGGGGAACGAGAAGUGGCACUUGCAACCAGGCGGAAGCAUAGUAGCGUCUCCCAACUCCGCCCACACCCACGCAGGAGCAGCUAGAGGAGGAAUAAACAAACAGGUAGCAGUAUCUUGCGAUAAUUAUGGAGCCAUUGGAUAAGCAUAGCUGUUGAAAGAUCUGGACGAGACCAGGACUUCCCAGAGAAUUGGGAGAUGCGCCUUGUGACGGGAUUGAGUCGAGAAGUAGAGCCUCUGGUGUGCUCUCCAAAACCAGUAGUAAACAACUGCGAUCGGAUGGUGCGUCGCACUAGGACUGAAUGUGAUAGCGAUGCUAGUUUAAU